GUGCAACAUAAAAGCCCAUCCGCAUUUCGUAUAUAAACUUCAGGAUGCCCACCCAUCUUUUUGAUCCUCACUUUACUCUUUGCAUAACAUGAUAUCAGAAUCAACCAUCAAUCUCGACCACGUCUUUACGUUCUCCUCUAGCUCCCCUCAAAAAGGCCAGUACGGCAGUGACCUUACCUUACUCAAACGCCUAUUAAUGUUGAGUACCGACACUUCCUUGUAUAUUGUCCGUCAUCCUACCCCUGCCAGGCAUCGUAGAGGGUUUGAAAGUACAUAUUCUGCUCUCCAUUCACUCCAUCCAAGCCUUUCCAGAAAAGUGGUCACUUUCGCAAAAAGAUUGAUGGCCCAGUGUGGUGGCUCCUCAGCUACAGCUACCAUCUCUGAUAGCUCCUUAACUAUAGCGCCGCCAGUCGCCGUUGUGCAUCCGUAUUCUAUGGAUGUUGAAGGUAAGCCAUGAAUGUAGCCGAUCCCAGGACACAUAGAGUCAUAAAUUUAAGGAUAUAAGGCCUGAUGUCCAAUGCCACCUAAGAUGUUAAAUACCACCUCGUUCUACUACCUUCAUUCCAUGCUAACAUCCUUUCCGUCUUUACUUGUUCACUCUCUCUUCUACCGCCGUCAUUUCUUCUGUUUCUGACUCUUCUAUUGUUUAAUUCAAAGACGAAGCUGAGGUCCUUGUUGAUGAGACGUCCACUAUGAACCCAUUUUGGAACGCCGAGUUCCGUAAGAGACUACCUUUCAUAGGAUCAUGUUGAGUGUCAUAUGCAUAUCUCUUUUUUUUUUUUUUUUUUUUUUUUU